AAAUAUGCCCCGCGGUAAACGUCGUGCCAAUCAUGAUAUGGGCGAUGAUGAUCGCCAAACAUCAAAAAGACAACGCAACACAUAUGCAACAGCGACAGCAACGGCACAAAACACAAGUAGCAGACGUCACAUACGAGCCGAGGACACCUUUAGCCAUAAAAGAUGUUUAGCAUGGUUUAGAGAAUACACAAAUCCUGACGAGGAUACAUUGGGUCCCGAUGGCAUGGAAAAAUUUUGUGAAGAUAUUGGCGUCGAACCAGAAAAUGUUGUUAUGCUAGUAUUGGCGUAUAAAAUGGGUGCCACACAAAUGGGCUUUUUCAGCCAAUACGAAUGGCUUAAGGGUCUAACCGAAUUGGAGUGUGAUUCUGCUGUUAAAAUGCAAUCAAAAUUGGAUUAUCUAAAGAGUAUAUUGAAUGAUCCAAAUGUAUUCAAAAGUAUAUAUCGUUAUUCGUAUGAUUUUGCAAAGGAUUCAGAUCAGCGCAGCAUGGAUAUUAAUACAGCCAAGGCAAUGCUACAAUUGCUGUUAGGCAAACAUUGGCCACUGUAUCCACAAUUUGCACAAUUCCUAGAUCAAUCAAAGUACAAAGUCAUAAAUAAAGAUCAAUGGUGUAAUAUUUUGGAAUUCUCGCGUACCAUAAAUAAUGAUUUAACAAAUUACGAUAUUGAUGGAGCAUGGCCCGUUAUGUUGGAUGAAUUUGUGGAAUGGCUACGUUCAAUACGCACAUGUUCGAGUACAACAUCAAGCUGAAAUUUUUGGUAUAAUCCCUAUUAUCAUCAUUAGUAACA